UGUGUAUUCUUGUAGGGUGUCCUUCCCCAUAGCUAUGUAUAGUAGUGAUGUUUGUUAAACAGGUCUGUGUUGUGUAUUCUCAGAGGGUGUCCUUCCCCAUAGCUAUGUAUAGUAGUGAUGUUUGUUAAACAGGUCUGUGUUGUGUAUUCUUGUAGGGUGUCCUUCCCCAUAGCUAUGUAUAGUAGUGAUGUUUGUUAAACAGGUCUGUGUUGUGUAUUCUUGUAGGGUGUCCUUCCCCAUAGCUAUGUAUAGUAGUGAUGUUUGUUAAACAGGUCUGUGUUGUGUAUUCUCAGAGGGUGUCCUUCCCCAUAGCUAUGUAUAGUAGUGAUGUUUGUUAAACAGGUCUGUGUUGUGUAUUCUCAGAGGGUGUCCUUCCCCAUAGCUAUGUAUAGUAGUGAUGUUUGUUAAACAGGUCUGUGUUGUGUAUUCUUGUAGGGUGUCCUUCCCCAUAGCUAUGUAUAGUAGUGAUGUUUGUUAAACAGGUCUGUGUUGUGUAUUCUUGUAGGGUGUCCUUCCCCAUAGCUAUGUAUAGUAGUGAUGUUUGUUAAACAGGUCUGUGUUGUGUAUUCUUGUAGGGUGUCCUUCCCCAUAGCUAUGUAUAGUAGUGAUGUUUGUUAAACAGGUCUGUGUUGUGUAUUCUUGUAGGGUGUCCUUCCCCAUAGCUAUGUAUAGUAGUGAUGUUUGUUAAACAGGUCUGUGUUGUGUAUUCUUGUAGGGUGUCCUUCCCCAUAGCUAUGUAUAGUAGUGAUGUUUGUUAAACAGGUCUGUGUUGUGUAUUCUCAGAGGGUGUCCUUCCCCAUAGCUAUGUAUAGUAGUGAUGUUUGUUAAACAGGUCUGUGUUGUGUAUUCUUGUAGGGUGUCCUUCCCCAUAGCUAUGUAUAGUAGUGAUGUUUGUUAAACAGGUCUGUGUUGUGUAUUCUUGUAGGGUGUCCUUCCCCAUAGCUAUGUAUAGUAGUGAUGUUUGUUAAACAGGUCUGUGUUGUGUAUUCUUGUAGGGUGUCCUUCCCCAUAGCUAUGUAUAGUAGUGAUGUUUGUUAAACAGGUCUGUGUUGUGUAUUCUUGUAGGGUGUCCUUCCCCAUAGCUAUGUAUAGUAGUGAUGUUUGUUAAACAGGUCUGUGUUGUGUAUUCUCAGAGGGUGUCCUUCCCCAUAGCUAUGUAUAGUAGUGAUGUUUGUUAAACAGGUCUGUGUUGUGUAUUCUUGUAGGGUGUCCUUCCCCAUAGCUAUGUAUAGUAGUGAUGUUUGUUAAACAGGUCUGUGUUGUGUAUUCUUGUAGGGUGUCCUUCCCCAUAGCUAUGUAUAGUAGUGAUGUUUGUUAAACAGGUCUGUGUUGUGUAUUCUCAGAGGGUGUCCUUCCCCAUAGCUAUGUAUAGUAGUGAUGUUUGUUAAACAGGUCUGUGUUGUGUAUUCUCAGAGGGUGUCCUUCCCCAUAGCUAUGUAUAGUAGUGAUGUUUGUUAAACAGGUCUGUGUUGUGUAUUCUCAGAGGGUGUCCUUCCCCAUAGCUAUGUAUAGUAGUGAUGUUUGUUAAACAGGUCUGUGUUGUGUAUUCUUGUAGGGUGUCCUUCCCCAUAGCUAUGUAUAGUAGUGAUGUUUGUUAAACAGGUCUGUGUUGUGUAUUCUCAGAGGGUGUCCUUCCCCAUAGCUAUGUAUAGUAGUGAUGUUUGUUAAACAGGUCUGUGUUGUGUAUUCUUGUAGGGUGUCCUUCCCCAUAGCUAUGUAUAGUAGUGAUGUUUGUUAAACAGGUCUGUGUUGUGUAUUCUCAGAGGGUGUCCUUCCCCAUAGCUAUGUAUAGUAGUGAUGUUUGUUAAACAGGUCUGUGUUGUGUAUUCUCAGAGGGUGUCCUUCCCCAUAGCUAUGUAUAGUAGUGAUGUUUGUUAAACAGGUCUGUGUUGUGUAUUCUUGUAGGGUGUCCUUCCCCAUAGCUAUGUAUAGUAGUGAUGUUUGUUAAACAGGUCUGUGUUGUGUAUUCUUGUAGGGUGUCCUUCCCCAUAGCUAUGUAUAGUAGUGAUGUUUGUUAAACAGGUCUGUGUUGUGUAUUCUCAGAGGGUCCUAUAGAUGUGAAUAUGACUGAGAUUCCUAUGGAGGAGAUUGAUCUCAAGUUCUCUAAGUAUCUGGAUGUUCAGUUUGGUGGCCACUGGAAACCCAAGGACUGCAAACCACGCUGGAAGGUAGCCAUCUUGAUCCCGUUCCGUAACCGCCACGAGCACCUUCCCAUCCUUUUCCAGCACCUCACCCCCAUACUGCAGAGACAGAGACUGCAGUUCGCAUACUACGUCAUUGAGCAGUCUGGGACGCAGCCCUUCAACAGAGCCAUGUUGUUUAAUGUGGGUUUCCUGGAGGCCAUGAAGGAUCUGGACUGGGACUGUCUGGUGUUCCACGAUGUUGACCACAUCCCAGAGAAUGACCGUAACUACUACGGCUGUGGUCAGAUGCCUCGCCACUUCGCAGCCAAACUGGACAAGUACAUGUACCUCCUACCCUACAGUGAGUUCUUCGGGGGCGUGAGUGGACUUACAGUGGAGCAGUUCCGCAAGAUCAACGGCUUUCCCAAUGCAUUCUGGGGCUGGGGAGGAGAGGACGAUGACCUGUGGAACAGAGUGCACUAUGCUGGUCUGAACGUCACGAGGCCGGAGGGAGAGAUGGGUAAAUACAAGUCCAUCCCACACCACCACCGAGGAGAAGUGCAGUUCCUCGGCAGGUACAAGUUACUGAGGUAUUCCAAAGAGAGGCAGCACCUGGAUGGACUGAACAACCUCAACUACACCCCUGAGAUCUCCCUGAGCUCCCUGUACAAGAACAUCACCGUGGACCUCCACCCUGACCUGGCCCCCAUUACAGACUACUGACUACUGACCCCCACUGUCCCUGACCUCAUCACACCCCCUCACACUCCAACUGGGACCCCAAAGCAGGACAGAGGGGGGGUGGGGUUGUGGAGGGAGGCACACCGUGUAACGCUGCCAAGAAACCUUACUCUGAAGAAAAUGUCCAACUAAAAUAUGAAAGCGGAAGGGACAUAGGUUCUGUUUAAUCAAACAAUUGUGUGUGUGUUCUGUGAGGAUUGUGGAUGUUGAGAUGGGGUGUGUGUGUGUGUGUGUCUCUGCAUGUCAAUGUGUCCAUGCUGGCUUUAGCUAUUAAGCUACUUAACAUCAACAUGUCAUGAUUCAGUAUGAGGAGGGAGAGGCAGUGUUGUUUUCACAUCAGAUGUUUACUGCAAAGCCUUAAAGUGUCAGGCUCAGCCUCAGAACCAUGGCUCUCUGGUUGCCUCCCAAACCACACCCUAUUCCCUAUAUAUUGCCCAGGGUCCUUAGUGCUCUGGUCAAAAGUAGUGCACUAUAUAGGGGAAAAUGGUGCCAUUUGGGACUUUGCCUUUAUCUCACAGCUCAGCACAGUUUUCACUUUUAACAUCUCAGUACCAUCACCUUACAAGCCAACAGACAUUUUGUCUUCACUUUAUAUCAUUUUUACACCGUUCGGUUAAAGAAAAAACAUAUUCCUUAAAGAGGACAGGCGCUAAAUGAAGGUGACUUAUUUGUGAUGUACAUUUUCUGAAAUGGUCAAAUGUUUAUUUUUUUCUUCAGUUUUUGCCUUUUUUUAACAGACGUUUUAAAGCACUAUCCUGUUUCUCUGUGUCACAUGAGUGUUUUGCUGUUCCUUUGCUGCACUGCUGACACGCAUGAUGCACAGAGCACGUAUGUAAAUACUUGACUCUUAAAGCUCGAGCAUAGAACACGUAUGUAAAUAUUCAGCCUUUUAAAUGCUCAGAGCCUGUUGUUAUUCCAGUGGAUUUGAAUUGAAUUUGAAUUUGUUUUGGCAGCUACCUUCCUGAGGACUUACCUGGUUCUUCCAUUUAAAUGGGAAGAUGUUCUAACAAUAGAUGGCUUAAAAAAGAAAAUAUACCAAUCUCUUAGGCUGACAUUCUUUUGCAUGCCUUAAUUUAUUUUAUUACCAGAUGUUUUUUUCCUUUAAUUAUAAUUUAUAUCAUUUUGAGAUGUCUAUAUUUUGUUCCAGUUUAGCCUUUUGUGUCUUUUUUUUCCCUCGAGGUGCACUGCGUGAAAAGACUUACUGACGUUAUGGAGGGUGCUCCAGUACAGAAAGACAGGUCAGAGGACUAUAGUCGCUCUGAUCCAGGGUGUUAUGUCAGGCUUGCUGAGCCUUCAACAGCAAGCCACCUGCAACAACCUGGAGCAGAGCUUAAGACUGAAGAUUCUAAAGCUGGAUGUCAUUUUUCCUCUGGUAUUUGUAGUCUGUUAUUAUGGAGGAGUUUAUACAGUGUGGACAGUGUGUUUGGUACAGGAUUAUGUUUUAAAUGUGUGUGUGUGGCUCAUGUAUUAGGUAACUGGACCAUGUGUUUGAUCAUAUGUUAGGUGUCUUUAAUGAGUGUGAGCUUGCAGAUUGGGCAGUGUGUCUGUCUGAACCAAUAAUUUAUAUAUACACUAGAUGACUGACGACAGGCGAGGUUUUGAAGCUACCAUCACUCCAUCUUGAUCGCAAAAAAAAUAUUUUUGAAACUGUAGGAAGGCAUUUAACUCACAAUUUAAAAGUAUGCAUUAAGUGUGUAAUAGAGUAAACAUACACAUAAUUUGUUUUCCUUAAAGUAUACUUUAUUGAAAGUUCUAAUGCUACUGUCCCCAUUACUACCACAAAAAUACUUGUAAUUUUGUCCUGUGUAGAAUUUAAUUCAUUCCUAUGGAGGACUGCUUCUUCUGUGGAGUGCCAAUAUUACUGACCGGUGGCUUCAAAGCCUCUUACUGGCCAAUAGCAAUCCAGGGUUUGUAUACAUUAUUGGUCUGAACUGUGGUGUGUUCCUAAUAAGCUUGCAAGGCAUUGAGAGGGGCCAGAAUGAGAGAACGGAAGCUAAUGCUAACAGCUAACCCUGUUCUUGAAUGGUAGACUGCAACUUGGGCCAUAAAGACUUGAAAUUCUUAAAUAUUUAGCACUAAGAUUAGCAAGGAAAAAUGUAGGAGGUAUUUUAUUUUUUACUUAGCGUUUUUUUUCUUGUACAUAGUUGUUUCUCAUACACUUCAUAUUUAUGCAUAGGUGUACUUUUCUGUGUUUUCCUAGUGAUUUGUUCAUUUGUCAAGUGUACUUCUCAAGUAGAACUGCUCUAUCCAAACAACCCAGGUUUUCUCCAUCACAGUACUGCAAGAAUGCAGGAGAACGAGAGUGUGAAUCAAACUGGGAUACUCCUGUCCUGCUCCAAACAUGGGGUUUGUUGAAAAUGGCACCCUGUGUCCUAAAGUGCACUACUUUUGACUGGACUCCUAUGCGUCCUGAUAAAAAGAAGUAAACUAUACAGGGAGUAGGGUGUCAUUUGGGACGCAGCCUUGCUCUCUCGGGCCUGUCACUCUUGUAGUGCUGGGGAGGAACAGUCAUUUCUGCUCAUAAGCUAAAGUGGUCAACAAAGCACCAGGCUAAAGUCUGUGUUUGGUUUGGCUCUGACGUGGUUACAAUGGUCACAUAAGACCUCAAUGUUGUAGUUCUGACCAAUCAGAUGAGGUGAGACAGAAUCUAAAAAGACAUGGUAGUAAUAACAUUCUUUUGGAGGUGGUCAACCGUGCCAAAGUUCCACUUCUGUUACCCAUUAUCAUCAUUCUACCUACCUCUCUUCUGCACUUAUCUCUACUCGUUCCCCUUUUCAUUCUCUUCCCAUGAGAUCCUCUAUUGUGUCUCAGUAACUCGUCAGUGUUGAGAGAAACCUGACAGACUAGUGUUGAUCAUAGGGAUCAGGGUCAAGGUAUUAAAAGCGAUAUGACAUACUGUACACAAGGUAUUUCUCUGUCUAUGGCUCUGGGUAUAGGUCAGUGUUUGGGGCUUCUCUUGUGCUAUGCCUUAUGCUCCGUAACAGAUUUUUGCAAUGUUGGAUAAAUGCUCUCGUUGUUUUUAUACGUUGCAGAAGAUGUGAGCAGCCUAGCUUUCGUCCCUCUUGAGGGCAUUAUGAGUUACUGUAGCAGAGACACUGAGUCGGUGGCUUCUUUCUCUGGAUCCCGUCAUCUUACUUGCUACAAAGGAUCCGCUUCUUUUUAUCUAAUCCUGUUAUAUUGUCUCUUUUCACUUUGUUCAGGGAACAGUUUGAAGAGAUUAAUUAUGGAAAGCAUCCAUCACUGGAGUUGGUCUAGGAUCAGUGUUCUGGCUGUGUCCCAAAUGGCCACACCCUCUGUUGUACAUAUUUAUUGUUAUUGCCUCUGAGGGGAGUGGGGGGAGGGAAGGGUAGGUUAGGGGGCUGCCGGGCAGUGAGCUGGCUACACCCGGUCACAAGUGGUUUGGUUUACACCCCCAGCUGACCUGUGAAGAGGGCAAGGACCUCCCUCACCCUUCCUACUGCCUCUGUAUUGUUUGUUUUUUCUUCUUUCAAAUGACUAUAUUCACCACUACACAGUUAGUAAUGUGGACUAUUACAUGUUUGCAGUAUUCAUAUUUGUGCCUUUUUCCCUUUUUUUCUCGGUUUUCACUUUGCAUUCUUGCUUGAAAGAUACAGUAAAGGUUUGGAUUGUUUUUGAACUGAAGUUAGAGUGCACUUUUUUCUAAUUCAUUUAUUUAUUUUUUCAGUCCGUUGCUCUGAUUAAGAUGCACGAUAUGUUUCCAUGACAAUGGGCUGAGUAGGUGUGUAUCAAUGAUUGUCCGUAAUCAAUUUUUCUGCUGUUCAGAGGUCUGGCUGCUUGGACCAUGUAGAAUCCUCUUGAAUCCUCAGCUCUCCAGUCUCCUCAAUAUGCUCUGCUCUGUUUGAACAAAGAGUCAUAACUGGAGCCAGAGGGCAGACUCUCGCGUUACUACCGUCCGCCAGGAAGUGCAGAAUGACGCAGAGGAAGUAGUGACUUUUUUAAAUUGGUGUCACCUGGUCUACAAAUCAUAAAUUCUCAUUUGAGGUCAGGCAUAUUAAUUUUGACUUUGGGUUUGUAAGUUUUAGAUUGUUUGGAGGACACAUUUGUGAAAAUAAAAGACCUUAAUUCGAUGUAGCGCCUUCUCAUGCCAUAUCUUCUCGCAGUUCUGUCUUGUUCUGCAAUUUUGUUGCCUAUAGUCAUGUGCUAUAAUUCCCCCCCAGACAUCAGACAACUUUUUACAUGGUGAAGCCGACCGGUUAGCCAUCUUGUCAAUCUUCCACAAUCUUUGGUAUAACAGCCAGUAAAAGAGUACUAGAGUUGAACUGUUAGACUUUGUAAAGUUGUUUUUCUUUUUGUCAACAAAAGAUGAAUAAACAACUUCAUUGCCAGGUUCUGGGAAACA